GCACAGACGAGCGCUCAGGCGUCGGAGCACAGAUCUGGGGGGGCAUCCGGGAGGCCUUGUCAGCCUCAUGCCCAUGUCGGGUCGCCCCACAGCUCGGCACACCCCCGGGAGCCGAAGCUGGAGCCUCUGCGGGGCCUGAUGAGCUGUCUGUCGAGCGGCCUGGGCCCCGUCCCCCAGCGCUCGGGUCUCGCCCUCCCCCGCCGCACACCCGCCGCCACUGCCCAGCCAGCCAGUGCAUUAAAGAUUUAACCGAAGGCA